UUUAUCCAUCGAUCGCUAGCUUCACUGGCUUGUGCUUCGUGUUCUUGCGCAAUCAUGAAUCAACAGUGUCAUACUCGUAUGCCGGUUUGGGGGCCAGAAACUAUGUUCUUCCCAGUCUGUUUGGAUUCGUACAUAGUCUUUGGGUUUCUCCACAGGAUGGAGCAAGGAAAUGAUAGUUGACAUCAUGAUGGGUUUGGUAGAUAGAUAUUAUAAAUAUUUGAACUAGAGUUGGGAUUCUGUAGAAAUUGAUUUCUUUCUUUCAGAUUUCAUAAUUCGUAGAAGACAUUAGUGAAGGGAUUAACUUUGAUUCUUGUUAUUGUUAUGUGGUAUUGAUGGGACUUGGAAACUCAAUAUGCAAAACAUUCAUUAAGAGCUUGAGGGAAGAUUCUGAAUUUUUUGUUGAACUGCAUUGGGAUUUGGGACUGAAGAUAUGAGGCUAUAUGCAAGAGUAGGGAGGGUGAAUUGACGAAGGGUCUCACUUGGAUCUUUGGAGGGUAAAGUAUCGACGGCUUGCUGCAAAAUCUUACUGAUGGGUUUGCCUCAAGUGUCCUCCAGCAAAAUUGCCGAGGAAGUUGCAGCUUCACUGGACUCAAUUGUGCAAAAUCCUCCCCGGUUCACCAGUGUGGGCACUUGUGAUCUGGAUGGAAUUCACGUGGGAGUGGCAAUUAAUCAUAUAACAGGGGAUUUCCCAUACUCUUCUCUUGAGGAUUUCCAGAGGAAAACAACCUUGGACCUUGUCAAAAGCCCGGAUAGUCUAUUUAAAUGUAAAAGUCCCAUUAAUGGUGCAGACAGUUCUCAUGGGUGGAAGACUGGUCCCAAGGAGAAAAAUGGGUUGUUUCGUUGUAAAGUUGGUCGCAAUAUUCAAAAUCCUGUUUCACGGAUUGUGGGUUUUGAAUCUAGUGGGUCUGAUUCCUCUGUGAAUGGGUUAGAUGGAAUUUCACCUGAUCAUAUUCCUGUAUCGGCUGCAGUUACUAUCACAACUGGUAAUGAAACUGAGCCGCAGGGGUCAAUGGUCAGGAAACGCUUGUUGUCCCCCUUGAAUGGUAUGCUUUGCUUAGAUCAAUUCAAUGGUGAUCAGCUAGACAUUUGUGGAGGUGAUGGUCAGUUUGAUCCCCGUAUACCAGGAGAUGAAUUUAAUGGCUUUCUGGUACAAGACCAUAAGAAAGCUAAUAUUGGGCACGCAGAUUCUCCAAGCACCCCAGUUUGUUCCGUAUGUAGUUGCCAAAGUUGGAAUAAAAUGUUAGAUAAUAACACUAGAAGUAACUCUGUUUUAUUCACUGAUGGCCCUUUGCUUGAGAACAAUGAGUCUCUACCUCACAAAUACUGCUUAUCUUCAAUGGGGUUUGAUCCCUGUGGAGAACCAAGCAAGGUAAGAACCCGAACUGGGGCGAUAGCCAUAGCUUCAAAAAAGGUGAUCUCACCUCCUCUCUCUUUGUCUCCUCUUGGUCCAAAAUUCUCUGAAAGACUGAAAUCUGCAGGAGUAUACAGGAAUUUCAGGAAAGGGAUCACAGGUGACCAUUUAUCAUCAAUGAACAUGGAUAAGUCACCCGAUGGAACUGUCUCAGGAUUUUCAUUCUCCCAUGAGGAAGAGGUGUUUAGUGUGACGAGCAAAUCAUUUCUAGGUUCUGAUAUUCUGCAGACUGACUGUGAUAUAUUUCCACCUGGAAGUACCAGUGGCAUAUGCCAGCAUUCAGGUCCCGAAUCAGCCCCUACAACCCAAUGCCUCAAGUUUGUUAGAAGUUUGAGUGGACUUUCUGUCAGGAGGUCUUUGGUUGGUUCUUUUGAAGAGUCCCUGUUGUCUGGUCGGUUUUCAUCCGGCAAAGUCAGUCAGAGAAUUGAUGGUUUUCUGGCUGUUCUGAAUGUUACUGGGGGGAGUUUCUCACCCCCCUCGCUGAAACUUCCAUUUGCAGUGACUAGUGUGGAUGGAGAUAACUGUCUACUGUACUAUGCAUCGAUAGACCUUGUGGGAAAUUUGUCAUCAAACAAGUGUAGAGGCUCCAAAUUGAAGAGAAGCCUUAGCAAUGAUGAUUCUCGAGCUGCCAAGAGCCGACUGCGUAUCCCUGUGAAAGGGCGCAUACAACUGGUUCUCAGCAACCCAGAAAAAACACCUCUUCACACCUUCUUUUGCAAUUAUGAUUUGAGUGAUAUGCCAGCUGGAACCAAGACAUUUUUGCGACAGAAGGUCACACUAGCCUCUCUUGGAGCAACUUCUAUCCCUGUGAAAGGUGGGGACAGAAAUUUUAACAAGAAAAAUGAGCCCAAGGUGACAGUACACAUUAAAGGGGGAGCUGCCAAGCCAGUUGUAGUUAAAGAUGUACAUACCAUGAGAUCUCACAUUCAAAGUGCUAAAGUUAUAGAAAAUGAAGGUUCCAAAGUUGAAAGUUGUGUAUAUAGUGGUGAUACUCAGCAACAUGACCUGCCCUGUAUAUCCCAGAAUAAGGGAGGGACAAGUCCCUUGUUAUUUCCAGCUAGGGACUGUCUUGGGCAGUCAAAUGGCAUUGGUCUUGCAGUAAGCACUGAGAAUGGGUUCAACAACAGUGACUGCAAGAAGACUGAUGGGGAGGAUGAUAUCAUGAUGGAUAGUUGCCAUGAAACUGACAAAAAAUCUGUACAUAGUUCUUCGAAGGUCAAUGAGAACAGUUCUGGUGUUGGUGUUCUGCGUUAUGCUCUUCAUCUCCGUUUCCUCUGCCCUUCUUUAAAAAAAUGUUCAAGGUCGAUCCAGAAAUGCAAAUCUGACCCUUUAUGUACUCCAGAAUCAAAUCAUUUGGAUGAUAAAGGGGAGCGGCGCUUCUACUUAUACAAUGAUUUGAGGGUUGUGUUCCCUCAGCGCCAUUCAGAUGCUGAUGAGGGCAAGUUGAACGUGGAGUACCAUUUUCCAGCAGAUCCAAAAUACUUCGACAUCAGUAAUUGACUUAUCAAGGCCAGUCAUCUCCGUGUUGUCUGGUUCGUUCAUUCCCGUGUAUAUAUUGUGUCUUCUUAGUCCUCAAUACCCUGAUAUGGGGCAGCAACCCCAUCUUCAACUGUAAAGGAUUCAAUUUUCAAUUAAUUUUUUUUCUGGUUUUAUUUUU